UUUCCACUCCCUAUCAUCCCAUUAUUUGCGGAACUCGAGUGCCUAAAUCUUACCAAAUAGAAGGGGAUUUUGCUUUUCGACAAUCCCUCGAUUUCAACCUACUCAAAACACCCCCUUUACCUUUCCGCUUCCACCGUUGGAGCAACGUGUUGCCUAUCAUGGCGUCCGGCGGCCAUAUGCAUAAUUUCACCACCCUCAUCAAGCGGCUCGAGGCAGCGACCUCACGCUUGGAGGAUAUGGCGAUGUCAUACGAUGACUCUAGCGUGCCAAAGUCCUUGAUCGGCACUCCUUCUUCCCUGCCCGCUGUUUCACAACCCUCUACUACGCCUUCCCCUCGUUUGCCUGCAGCCCCUGUGGCCGCCCCGGUUCCGCCGCAGAUUAAGGAUUUCGAUGCGUUGAUCAAGGGAGAUGUUCAGAACUUUGUCAACCUGGGAGAGAAAAUUGGCGGUCUGGUUGCUGAGCAGUCCAAAGCCGUCCUUCAAGCUUUCCAAGCCGAACGCACCUAUCUUUUCGUUGUGACAAAGGCCAAGAAGCCUAAUACCCAGCCCCCGGAGUUAAUGACGGAUCUGCACAAAGCAUCCGAUAGCAUUAACAACAUUCGCGAAUCAAACAGAGCAUCGCCGCUAUUCAACCACCUGAGCGCUGUUGCGGAGGGUAUUGUCGCGCUCGCUUGGUUUUUUGAAAGCAAGCCCGCGGAGUUUGUCACAGAAAUGAUCGGUGGCAUUGAAUACUACGGAAAUAAGGUGCUGAAAGAGUACAAGGACAAGGACAAAGCGCAUGUCGAAUACAUCAAAGCCUACUAUCAAAACUUCAAGGCUCUUGCGGAGUACCUCAAGAAACACUUCCCCCAGGGUCUGACAUGGAACAAUGAGUCUGGCAUCGAUGCCUUGGAAGCUUUGAAGCAGGCCAAGGGCGGACCUGCUUCGGUCAGCGGUGCCCUCAACGUCCCUGGUGGUGGUGCUCCUCCCCCACCUCCGCCUCCUGGUAUUCCCCCGGCCCCAGCCCCUGCAGCACCAGCAGCAGACAUGGGCGCUGUCUUCAACCAGCUCAACCAGGGCGAGGGUAUCACCUCCAGCCUCCGCAAGGUCGACAAAUCGGAGAUGACACACAAGAACCCCAACCUGCGUGCCGGAUCAAUCGUCCCGGUGUCCGAGGGCUCCAGCGCCGUGCGGGGCAAGUCGCCAGCACCUAGCAAAAAGCCCAAACCCGAAAACAUGCGCGCGCGCAAGCCGCCCCGCAAGGAACUCGAGGGCAGCAAAUGGCUCAUAGAGAACUUUGAUGCCCCUGGCGAGAUCAUCGAGAUCCCCGCGCAGCAGAACCAGUCCAUCCUCAUCAGCCGCUGCAACAAAACCAUCAUCAAGGUCUCCAACAAGGCCAAUGCCAUUGCCAUCGACAACUGCGUUGGUCUCUCCCUCAUUGUCGACUCUCUCGUCAGCAGUCUUGACAUCAUCAAGUGCCCCAAGUUCGCUGUGCAGAUCGACGGCACGGUUCCCACUCUGUUGAUGGAUCAGGUUGAUGGUGCUACCGUUUACCUUGGCCAGCAGAGUCUCAAUACUGAGAUCUUUACUAGCAAGUCCUCCGCUAUUAACAUCAACCUUCCGCCACCGGAGGGCACCGAUGAAGAUACCAAGGAGUGCCCUCUGCCCGAGCAGUUCAAGAGCUACGUCAAGAACGGCAUGCUUGUGAGCGAGAUUGUGGAGCAUGCUGGUUAA